UCUCAUAUCUCUCUCUCCACUAACUACAGUUGCUUCUGAUAUAUAAGCACACAAUACACACACACAUCUUCACCUGCUCACUAUUUUCUCUCAUGCAAACAAACCCUUUUCACCAUUUGCUUUGUUUGUCUCCCAAUUAAGUCAUGGAAGAAUCAGAAGACUCAAAAACAACCAAGAAAUGCAAACCUCAAACAAGAAGCUUUAGAGCCAAAAAUUGCAACCCUCACAACUAUCAGUACCACUAUCAUCACCAGUUAUAUCAUCAUCACCACUCAAAUACCACAAGGUUUAAUGGGUUUUACUACCAAAAUCAGUACCAAAACUACCCUGCUCUUCUUCCCCUACCUCAAACUAUACCUUUUCAAAUAGCCCCUCCACCACUUUUGUCACACUAUCAACACUUCUCAACAAAACCCCAUUUGCAAAAACCUUUGUUUUCUAAUGCUACCCCUCCUUUGGCCACUUCUUCUGAGAACAAGGCUUCUGUUUUGGCUCUUACAAAUGCUCCUGCGGCGCUUGACCAACAAUCUUUAUUACCCCCAAGGAGAAAGAAAGAUGGGAGGAGAGUUGCAAUUGUUUUACCACAAACUUUAGUGGUGGCAAGGAGACCAGAUUGCGGUGGUGUAGAAGGGCCAGUAAUAUCUCUUCUGGCCAACCAUUUUCUAGUCAAAUUUGACCCUUUACAGCGUAUUUUUCAGUAUGAUGUUGAAAUCUCUCCAAGUCCCUCAAAGGAUGUUGCUCGAUUGCUUAAACAAAAACUCGUGGAGGACAACUUAAAUUUGCUCUCAGGUGCUCGUCCAGCUUAUGAUGGACGAAAAAAUCUAUAUAGCCCACUGGAAUUCCAAGCUAACAAGCUUGAAUUCUACAUAGGCCUCCCUAUCACAACUGGCAAGCUGGGUGGAGAGAAUGGCGACAUAAAACAAAAGAACAAGCUUUUUAGGAUUAACAUUAAGCUUGUAUCAAACCUUGACGGAAAAGCUUUGACUAAGUACUUGAGUAAGGAAGGAGAUGACUGGGUCCCUAUUCCCCAGGAUUAUCUGCAUGCCUUAGAUGUCGUGUUGCGCGAAAGUUCAACAGAGAAAUGUAUACCCGUGGGGCGAUCACUUUACUCGAAUUCAAUGGGAGGAACUACAGAUUUGGGUGGAGGAGCUAUUGGAUUAAGAGGGUUCUUUCAAAGUCUCAGACCAACCCAACAAGGACUGGCUCUCAAUUUGGAUUUUUCUGUGACUGCAUUCCAUGAGAGUAUUGGUGUGAUCCCUUACUUGCAAAAGCGUCUGGAGUCUCUAUCUGAUCUUUCUCAAAGAAAGACAAGAGGUUUGACAGAAGAAGAGAAGAAGGAUGUGGAGAAAGAUUUAAGAAACAUAAGAAUCUUUGUUUGCCACCGUGAAACUGUCCAGAGAUAUCGAGUAUUUGGCUUAACCAAAGAUACUACAGAGAACCUCUGGUUUCCAGAUAGGGAUGGGAAAAUUCUGAGGGUAGUAAACUACUUCAAAGAUCAGUACAAUUAUGAUAUACAAUUCAGAAACCUGCCUUGCCUGCAAAUUAGUAGGAGCAAACCAUGUUAUCUACCAAUGGAACUGUGUAUGGUUUGUGAAGGACAGAAGUUUCUGGGGAAGCUCUCUGAUGAUCAAACGGCAAAGUUACUUAAGAUGAGUUGCCAAAGACCAAAAGAAAGAAAGGCAAUUAUAGACGAAGUAAUGACAGGACCAGUUGGGCCAACAAGUGGCAAUCAGGCAAAAGAAUUUGAUCUUCAAGUUUCUACAGAAAUGACACGCUUGAGUGGAAGAAUUUUGCAGCCUCCUAAACUCAAACUUGGUGAUGGAGGCCAUGUCAGAGAUUUAACUCCUACUCGUCGUGAUCGCCAUUGGAACCUAAUGGAUAGCCAUGUCUUCGAAGGCACUCGAAUUGGGAGGUGGGCAUUGAUAAGUUUUGGUGGAACCGCUGAUCAGAAGGCCAACAUUCCAAAAUUUAUAAAUCAGCUAACUCAAAGGUGUGAGCAAUUGGGGAUUUUUCUCAACAAGAACACAGUUAUUAGCCCCCAGUUUGAACCAAUGCACGUGCUCAACAAUGUUAAUAUUUUGGAAUCAAAACUUAAGUCAAUCCACAGAGCUGCAUCCAACAGUCUCCAGCUACUUAUUUGUGUAAUGGAGAAGAAGCACAGAGGAUAUGGAGAUUUAAAGCGUAUUGCUGAGACAAGUGUCGGGGUUGUCAGUCAAUGCUGCUUGUACUCAAAUCUUGCUAAGUUAAGUUCACAGUUUCUUGCAAAUCUGGCCCUCAAGAUCAAUGCCAAAGUUGGGGGAUGCACUGUUGCUUUGUUCAAUUCACUACCAUCUCAAAUUCCCCAGCUUUUUAGCCUUGAUGAACCGGUGAUCUUUAUGGGUGCUGAUGUAACGCAUCCUCACCCGCUAGACGACUCCAGCCCCUCAAUUGCAGCUGUGGUGGGUAGUGUCAACUGGCCAGCAGCAAACAAGUAUGUCUCAAGAAUGAGGUCUCAAACUCAUCGUCAGGAGAUCAUCCAUGAUCUUGCUGCAAUGGUGGGGGAGAUACUAGAUGAUUUCCGCUGCAGACUAUCUGAACUACCAAAAAGAAUAAUUUUUUUCCGAGAUGGAGUAAGUGAAACCCAAUUCUACAAAGUGCUCGAAGAAGAGUUACAAGCAAUCAAACUGGCUUGUUCAAGAUUUCCAAAUUAUAAACCUCCCAUUACCUUCGCCGUAGUCCAAAAAAGGCAUCAUACAAGGUUGUUUCCAAACGAUACCAUUCCUUCCACCCGAAAUCAGUCCAUUGAUGAAAAUGUUCCUCCAGGUACCGUAGUAGACACUGUUAUCACUCACCCUAAGGAAUUCGAUUUCUAUCUUUGUAGUCAUUGGGGCGUCAAGGGAACGAGCCGACCAACGCAUUAUCAUGUCUUGUGGGACGAAAAUCGUUUCACUUCUGAUGAAUUCCAGAAGUUGGUUUACAAUCUUUGCUACACAUUUGUGAGGUGUACUAAACCAGUAUCCUUGGUUCCACCAGCUUACUACGCCCACCUCGCGGCAUACAGAGGCAGAUUAUACCUUGAACGUUUCGACUCAACUAUUUCUAACAGACACAGCACCACCAUAUCCCGAGCUGCCCCGCCAAAGGCAGCCCCUCUUCCUAAUCUUAGUGAAAAUGUUAAGAAUCUCAUGUUUUACUGCUGAUAUGUAUAAUUCUAGCAGUUGCAUGUACAUAAUUCUCAAUGCCAGUUGUGCAUAUUCUAGUUUAACAUUGAUCUAGGCUUCAGUAUGUUCAAUAAGCCAUUUCAGGGGCUCAAUCUAUGCAGUUUCACUAGUAUGAUA